AUGCUUGGUUUUGCAAUUGUUUCCUUCGAGCCGAGCUCGGCCGGACAAAACUUGAGGGUUCAUGAUGUUGACGCUGCUUGCCUGCCGGACAAUGCAUUGGAAGGGCUCACCCGCCCUGCGAGUAUGAUGAUUUUGCUGACCUUGCAUAUGGCCCUGGUCCCGGCUAGUCGACCGUCUUACGAUAUUCCAACGAAGAAACAAGGGUCCAUUAGUCUUUUGGCCCUGGCGCCCCAACAUAACCCCUUUCGAUUCAGUCAAUCGGAACUCGGGGGCAAGACAAUACUGAUUAUAGGCAUCCUCCCCGUCCCCAACGGAACCACGGAGCAGCGCGUACAGUCAAGGGACUUUGCAUACGGCACAGCCAGUUAA